GUCAUCAGCAUCAGAGAUAUUGACAUGAAAAACCAGUCUACUGCUAUGGAGUUUACACUGGUCAGCCUAAGCAGCUCCUUAGAACUACAGACUCUUCUCUUUUGGGUAUUUACAUUUAUCUAUGCUACUGCUUUGGCUGGAAACUUCCUGCUCAUCUUCACCAUAUGCAGUUGCAGAAAACUCCACACACCCAUGUACUUCCUACUCAUCAACCUGUCCUUAGUGAAUGUGUUUUCCAUCUCAGUUACAACUCCUAAAUUGCUCCAGACUCUUUGGACUCACACAAAGACCAUUUCCUUUUAUGGCUGCAUCACACAGGU